AUGCGAUGGGAGAUCGCAACAGAUUGGAAUAGAUUGUGGGGAAACUUUCAGUCCAGUGGUCAAACCGGGCACUAUUCAAACAGUACCGACUAUUGCUCUGUCAAAGUCUUUGCCGGUUCACCAACUGGACGUCACCAAUGCAUUUCUUCAUGGUACACUCAUGAAACGGUAUAUAUGCACCAGCCGAUGGGUUUUUGUGACACACAAUUUCCAGACUAUGUGUGCCGCUUGAAGAAGUCUCUUUACGGGUUAAAACAGGCCCCUCGGGCCUGGUAUCAACGCUUUACCGACUACGUUCUUACCUUGGGCUUCGUUCAAAGCGGUUGUGAUGCAUCACUGUUCAUUCUUCACACCAGUGGCAGCACAGCUUACCUUUUACUAUAUGUUGAUGACAUCAUUCUGGUCACUUCCUCUACCGCUCUUCGGGUCCAGCUUAUGCAUCACCUGUCUGCUGAGUUUGCAAUGAAGGAUCUGGGCAUCUUAAGCUACUUUCUCGGCAUCUCUGUCACCCGUCACCGUGACACCAUGUUCCUAUCUCAGCAAACAUACGCCGCGGACAUUAUUGAACGUGCGGGUAUGUCCUCUUGUAAGCCCGCCGCCACCCCUGUGGACACAAAAUCCAAACUCAGUGCAUUUUCGGGUUCCAACUUCGACAACCCGACGCUCUACCGAAGUCUCGCUGGGGCGCUACAGUAUCUUACCUUUACUCGUCCCGACAUCAGUUACGCCGUUCAGCAGGUUUGCAUGCAUAUGCAUGCUCCAAAAACAGAUCAUUGGAAUGCUCUGAAACGCGUUAUUCGGUAUAUUCAAGGUACUCUCUCAUUCGGCCUCACACUCACAUCCGCUAAAGACCCAACCAUCCUUGCUUAUACAGAUGCGGACUGGGCCGGGUGCUCGGACACUCGCCGUUCCACGAGCGGUUAUUGUAUUUAUUUCGGGGAUAAUCUGGUUUCUUGGUCUUCCAAACGUCAACCUACCAUCUCUCGAUCCAGUGCAGAGGCCGAAUACCGGGGUGUUGCAAAUGUCGUUGCUGAAAUCUGCUGGCUCCGCAAUCUUCUUUUAGAGCUUCAUCGUCCACUAUCCAAAGCUACUCUCGUCUAUUGUGACAAUGUUAGUGCCAUCUAUCUCUCCAAUAACCCCGUUCAACAUCAGCGAACGAAGCACAUUGAGCUCGACAUCCAUUUCGUCCGCGAACAAGUUCAGCGAGGACAAGUUCGCGUUCUUCACGUCCCCUCUCGUUACAAGGUUGCAGACAUCUUCACCAAAGGGUUACCACGCGUUCUGUUUGAAGAUUUUCGUUCCAGUCUCAGCAUAGGAUCACCUCCCGCUUCGACUGCUGGGGUGUAA